AUGUCAUACGAACUAUAUCGAGAGUUUGCGGCUGGUGCUUUAGCUGGAGCUCUACUAGUGAUCUUUAUGCAAUUUGCGACCCUUGUUUUGGGCCUACGUCGCAUGGUCCGAAAAAAGAGAUAUCCUGACACAUGUCCUAGAGAUAUGCUUAAAGAUCCUUCUGAAUCUUUAAUGAAUGCCUUAUCUCUAGCUACAGAAGAAUGUACAGAUGUAGCUUGGUUAAAUAUAGUCUUUCAAAGAUACUUUGUUGAAUUAUCAAGAUCAAGUACCUUUUAUGAGAAGGUUAAAGAGACUCUAGUUAAGAAACUCUCUUUAGCCUUCUCAACUGGUAUUCUUAAACGAGUUCGAUUUAGAGAUAUUUCCUUUGGUAGCGAAGCUCCUUAUAUUCGUACUAUUAGAGCUCUUUCUGAUAACGAGUUAGAAGAGUUACUGGCGAGAACGGGUGAGAAACGAGCGAGAAGACCGGCUGGGUUUAGUCAAGUAAGUUUAUUGAUGGAUGUUGAGUAUGCAGCAGGAGAUAAUUGUAUGUACGUUGAUGCUGACCUAAUAAAGGGGUACUCUAUUCCUAUUAUGGUACGUUUACAGCCAUUUCGAGGCCAGUUAGUGGUUAGAGUGCCUGCUAGUAACUAUCAUACGCGGUUGGAGUUAUGUUUCUUGGAAAAUCCUGGGUUUGAUUUCUCGGUGGAAGCUGCUUUUGCUAAGAACGAUACGGUCUUCUUUUCUAGUUCAGUUAGUACGUUAUUGAAACGAUUAUGCCGUUAUGUGGCUAAGAUGUACAUUUAUCCGAACUGGUACUACUACUACUUGCCGAUGUUAGUAUCACGAUCCAAAAUUAUUGCUUAUCCUUACUAUCCAGUAUCAGCUGGGAAUAUUGAAGCGGCUAUGCAACAGAUUAGGGAAAUCAAAAAUUUAUUGAGUUUAGAUUUUGCUAUCAUUACCAAAAAAGGAAAUGUUAUUUUUCGGAAGACCAAAAGUACAGUUAAUUCAUCUAGUGAGCCAUUAAUGCGGGCUGAGAUAGAAAUGCCACCCGAAAAGAUUUCCCGGAUUGGAGAAAUGUUUCGUACGCCCGAAGAUCUCUUCAAUCCCUUUGCCGGGGUAGUGAGUGCUUAUGAAGGAACUAAAGUCAUUGAGACGUACGCCCCGCAUUUAGCCCGAGUUCAUGUAGUUAUUGCUGGGGAAGUCUUUGAGUUUAUUAGAAUUACAGUAGAUGAUAUGUUGCUUUACCAAUUAACAGAUCCGGCUGAGCCCCAGUUCUUACUUCUUUAUCGGGAGCCUAAACGGAUUCUAGUCGUCCAGUACGCCUCUAGAUCUAGUCUCUUCCGUUUAGGCCAAUUCCGGAUCCAGAAACUAGUCGGGAAGUUAGAAGAAGAAGAACUUAAAGUCUGGGGAUCAGCUCGACUCUUCAAACUCUUUGAUCUAUCCGUACGAGCAGCCGGAUCAGCCAAACGUAUUUUCGGUCGAGCCAAUAAGCCAUCUCAACCUAAGAAGAAAGAAGAACCGCCUAAAGAUCCCGCCCGGGCCCAGUACGUUAGUGAUGGAUACGCCCUAGAUACUUCUUCCCAAGAAAGUGUUUCGGAAGUGGCAAUCAUUGAGUCACACUUCCGGGCAAUUGAAACACGUAUUCUAGGAGAUAUGCGGGCACCGGAUGCUCAAAUAGACUUGCCUUAUACAGCUGCUGAACUAAAGGAUGUUUUAAAACUCUCAGUAACUCGAGCCUCUUUAUUUGGUGAGUUUACUCUGAUGGAAGAUAUUGAGUUAGCUGUAGGUAUUCGUAGUACUUCGAUGGCCGCUCCUUCCGGACAGUUUGUGCAACUACUUAGUUAUAGUAAUCCCGAAGGCGAUCUAGUGAUUGGCCGGAUUUUGCUUUCAGAAGAGUUUCAAGGAGUGGCUGUAGCUGCUCGUAUUCAGCCGAGUUGUAUUUCCUUAUUCACGGAUGGCGGGUUUGUAGUGCACUGCCGUGAAUUUGAACAUAUCAUUCGCACCCGAGUUGAACAGAGUAGAUUAGUACCUGGUGAGCCGCAAGAACUACCUAAACGAUUUACACGUAGUUUUGAUACGGCUGCCGGUAUAAUUAUAACUAGUGAGACACCAACUCAAUGUGAGAUCUUCAUUGGUAGAGGCGAAAGAGUGCUUAGAGGUGAAAUCUCAUUACAACAGCCCUGCACAGUCAUUCUUGGCCGACUUAAUGAAGAUACUAAUCUACAAGUAUCUAUCCGUACUAAGAAAGGAACAGCUACACUUAAAGAAGUACCUAAUUCAGUCGACCAACUGACUUACAUUGAAGGAUCCUUUAUUCUGAAGAAGAAGGGAGAAAUCACCUUACCAAUUGGUCCGGGGUAUGCCCAUUGGAUCUUCCCAUGGACAGCUAAAGCCAAGGAUAAAGACAAGGAUAAGUCAGGAUACAUUAAUGGUUCCGGAUAUGCCAACUUUAAUCAGCCAACUACACUUACUUGGGUUCAACAAGAAAGUUGUCCCACUACUUCCAUUUCAGCCGCCAGCAUUAAACCUUUCAACACUACCACUACUCCCACCGAACCAGCAUCCUCAGCCAGUCCUAAUCUCUCCUCACCCCAAUACUAA